AUGGGUUCAAUCCGGGCAAAACGAACUCUGAGGAUUGGCGUCGAUGUCGGAGGCACGAAUACGGAUGCCGUGCUUCUUGACUUGGACGCAGUUCAUCAGCCCAAUCGUGGAGUACUGGCCUGGCAUAAGACACCAACAACAAGUCCAAAUGUGACUGACGGUAUCGAGACUGCCGUUGGUAACGUGCUGAAACAGGCCGGGGACCGCGUGUCCGAAAUCUCCUGCCUCAUUGUUGGGACUACACACUUUUUGAAUGCAGUUAUCGAACGCGAUGUACAUCGGCUGUCGAAAGUGGCUGUCAUUCGACUGUCAAGAAGUUAUACCAGAGACAUCCCUCCCUUUUCGGACUUUCCCCCAGCGCUGGCUGACCUCCUCCGCGGCUACCAUGGCUAUAUUGACGGAGGCCUCCACAUUGAUGGCGCUCAGGAAGCUCCGAUCAAUGAGGAGCAAGUUAUGAAAGAGUGUGAGGCGAUUGAGAGGCUCGGGAUCAAGGCCGUCGUCAUCUCGGGAAUUUUCUCUCCUAUCGAUCAGCAUUUUCACCAAGAGAAUCGCGUUCGGGCCAUAAUGCAACAGCGACUCAACGAUGUCGACAUUGUCUGCUCAUCCGAAGUCUCGAAUAUCGGUUUAUUGGAAAGAGAAAAUGCUUCCAUAUUAAAUGCAUCCAUUCUGAGGUUUGCGAGGCGGACGAUCCGUGGCUUUCGUGCUGCCAUGGGGCGGUUAAGGCUCGACUGCGCACUAUUCAUCUCUCAGAAUGAUGGUACAGUCAUCGAUUCCACCUCGGCCGCAAAGCUGCCCAUCAAGACAUUUUCCUCGGGUCCCACAAAUUCCAUGCGAGGAGCGGCCUAUCUUGGCCUUGGACAACUGGGAAUGCAGGGCGAAGAACGUACGUCAACAAUUGUAAUUGACGUUGGUGGUACGACGACAGAUUGCGGAGUUCUCUUACCAUCAGGAUUUCCUCGGGCAGCCUCAGCCUACGUCAGUGUGGCAGGGGUGACAAUGAACUUCCCUAUGCCUCACCUAGAAUCAAUCGGCCUCGGAGGGGGGUCGAUAAUACGCGAACGGGAAACGGAUGUCUCCAUCGGGCCGGAUUCGGUUGGAUACCAGCUGACUACUAGGUCAAGGGUAUUUGGCGGUGACACUUGUACAGCCACUGAUGUUGCGGUUGCCGGAGGUCUUGAUAUUGGGGACCCGAAGUUGGUCAGCGAUAUUAAGCCUGAAAUGAUACAGCGUGUUCGCGCUAGGACGAAGAAGAUGCUUGAACGUGUCAUCGACCGGUUGAAGCUAACGCCAGCACCAUUGCCGGUGAUUUUGGUUGGUGGAGGUUCUGUUGUCUGUCCGCUAGAACUCGAAGGUGUGUCUCAAGUUGUGGUACCAAAUUUUCAUUCCGUUGCGAACGCCGUCGGGGCCGCGAUAUCGAGAGUGUGUGGCUCGGUGGAUGCUAUCUAUAGCAUUACCGAUAUGUCCUUAUCCGAAGUUAUGGAAGACGCAAAAACCCAAGCCGUUGCAAAAGCUGUGAAAGGCGGCGCCGACCCAAGUACCGUCACAGUGGUCGAGAUUGACACCCUGCCGAUACCAUACGUUUCCGGGCAAAUUCGCGUCCUUGUCAAAGCAGUCGGAGAUCUGUCUCUUGAUUAUGUUGCUGAGAGCAAAACCGUCCCCGAUGUGGAAGAUGAUACAAGUGAAGCUCUUGCCGACUGGGUCAAAGACCUCUCGCUGUCUUCAAAGGAAGAGAUUGUUAGCGGCAAGUUCGAUUUUGACGCAUAUCGGCCUUUGAUCAGACUGAAUACGGAUACUGGUGUCCAUGAGUGGAUUGUUUCAGAGACCGACCUUGAGUGGCUAAGUGUAGGAUGCUAUAUCUUGGGUUGUGCGGGUGGCGGUUCACCCAAGGCCGAAUUCCUCAAAUUGCGAGAUCAAAUCCGUGCAGGUUGUACGAUUCGUAUAAUCGAUAGCUCCUCCCUACGGGACGAUGCCCUCAUAUACUGGGGUGGUAUGAUGGGAUCGCCGGCUGUGUCGAUUGAGCGAUUGAACUCUUCAGAGUGCAUAACCGCCGUGGCAGACCUGAUGGAGUAUCUAGGUCAUCAAACAUUCGAUGCCAUCAUGGGCCUCGAAAUCGGAGGAGCCAACGGCUUAGAGCCUUUGCUCAUAGGCUCGUCUCAUGCGUUUAAUAGACCAGUAAUUGACGCAGACUGGAUGGGUCGAGCAUAUCCGACAUACUGGCAAACCACAAUUGCCGUCCAUGAAAGUGGACAGCUGACUCCGUGCGCAAUUGCUUCGGGUGACGGUAAAACGAUCAUCAUGACGAAGUCGCCUGACGAUGAAAUAGUUGAUCGUGCCUUGCGAGCUUCUUGUUCGGAGAUGGGUUCUAGAGUCGGCAUGGCAGCCAGGCCAACGACGACGGACCGUGUGAGGUCUUACGGAGUCAUCAACACUUUGUCGCUCUCCUGGCGCAUUGGCAGGACGGUAGCCCGUGCUCAACAAGAAAGCACGAUACAUACAGUUGCUGAACAAAUCAUAGACGAAGUCGGCGGUCCAACCACGGCGAAGAUCCUCUUCCGAGGGAAGAUCACGGCAGUGGAACGAAGGGUUUUCAAAGGACAUUCUUACGGGGAAAUAACCAUAGCCCAAGCCGAAAAAGACGAGGAGGAACAGAGGCAUGAGAGAGCGGCAGUUGCUGAAGGAGGGGUUGUCAAGAUUCCGUUCAAGAACGAAAAUAUAUAUGCAAAGCAUAUCGCCAAAGAUGGAAGUGAGACAUACCUGGCAACAGUUCCUGACCUGAUCUCUGUUCUCGACACGCAAUCUGGAUGUGCCCUCGGUGUUCCGGAAUUUCGAUAUGGGCUGCUUGUGACGGUACUUGGGAUUACCUGCUCACCGCGAUGGUCGGACACAAAAAGAGGUCUGGAGUAUGGCGGACCGCAAGCAUUCGGAUACAGCAUAGAUUAUUGUCCUUUGGGUGUCUUUGUUGAGCCCAAGAGUGUUGUUCUUGAAUACGCAGAUACGACAGCCUGCGCAAUAUGA